AUGGGGUGCGGAGAAUCCUGUGUCAAAUAUAUCCUGUUCUUCACCAACCUGUUCUUUGCCCUGGCAGGGCUGGUGCUGCUGGGGCUGGGCAUCGCGGUCCAGCUGCAGCUGGCAGGAGUGGUUAGCAUCGCGCACCUGGACCUGUCGCUGGCGCCGAUCUCGUCCAUGGUGGUGGGCGUGCUGGUGUUCCUCAUCGCCUUCUUCGGAUGCUGCGGAGCCAUUAGAGAGAGCAACUGCAUGCUGGUUACUUUCUCGAUCUUCAUGAUAAUCCUGAUGGUGCUGAAGAUAGCGCUGUCGGUGGUGAUCUUCGUGGGGCUGGACGACGUGGUGGGCGACGUGCCGGUCUGGCUCAAGCAGGCCUUCGCCGAGGACAGGGUUUCCUUCAGGGAGAUUGAAACCACCUUCCAAUGCUGCGGCCCCACCGGUCCCCUGUCUUACAUGAACGUGUCGCUACCGGAUUCGUGCUGCGCCGCGGCGCCGUGCAACAUCCUAAACUCCUACAGCGGCUGCGACGGCAUCAUCCAGGAGUUCCUGCGGACCUUCGGCCUCGUCAUCGGAGUUGUCGCCAUCGUCGUCGUCUCCAUCGAGCUGGUGGCAGCGGUGUUCGGGCUGUGCCUGGCCAACCACGUGCGGAACAAGUACAGGAGGCGGGCGUACUGACGCGUGUCCUUCUUGGUGCUCCGGCGGGCAGAUGUAGAUAGAUGACACAACUCUGUUGUAUUGGGGCCGUUUUAUACAGCUAGUUACUAUCGAAAAAUUUGAUUUACAAUGCCGUGGGGUCACAACAGAUUUUCUAUAUCUAUAGUUCAUAUGCAAGAUGAAUUUAUACCUAAUCAUAUCCUAAGAUUCUCUGAUACUAAAACAUUUUUUGUUGUAUGCGUGAAAAUCGGCUCACAAUGUAACAGUUUGUAAUUUUACCUAAUUAAUAUAAUAUACCUACCUGAUAAGCAUUUACUUACAUUUUUAUUAAAGCUCUAAUAUAAUAUUUACUUCAUAACCUUUCCGUGUGAUUUAUAAACAUAAACCGUUAGUAAUGUACAAGUAGGACUUAACUUAUUUUAUUUUUUAACAUGCCCAGUGUUAUCGUAUUCGUUACUUUAGUUAUAUUUUUCAAUGUAAAAGUUUUGUAUAUUAAACAACAUAGACAAA